UCCUGUUAUUUGUGUCUGUUUAUUUGUGUAUCCCAGGGCCCCUUCAAAGAAACGUGUCGGAAGAGUUUCUUUGGGCUCAAGUCUUCGAGCUCCCAGGGCUGGCACCUCCAGAUUUUGCAAGCCGCCCAGAAAACUAGAGCCCUUCAACUCUGCCUUCGGCCACGCCCUGCUCGGCGAUGCCGUGCCAGCUUGUCCUGAGCGUGCGGGAGCGCGCCGUGCCAGGGCUCAACCGCGGCUGGCGCACCCCGGACCCCUCGCCCACGCGAGACCCUGACGAUGUGGCACGCCACGGUGUGGCCAGUUGGUCCAGCUAUGAAAUGACAGAGGCCUCUGAGAUCCUCGACGCGGACGCCUCCGACAGCAGCACCCACCAGGCCGAGCGCGCAGCAGGCACCGUCCACGCCUGUGAGAUCGUGGGGGCCGGCAAUCCCUCGGGCCAGGACUUCGACCGCUUGGACGUGGCUUGGGCGCGCUUCCGCACGCCGUCCCCUGAGGCUCGCACGCUGGCGCCGUGCGCGCCGCUGGCGUGGCCGCAGGGCAUUCCCUUCGGGCAGCAGGUGCUGGCCCCUGCCGGCCAGGCGGGGGCCGUCCCGGACACGCCCCACGCCCACAUCCGCAUGCCGUCCCUGGAGGCCCGCGCGUUGGCGCCGCGCGCGCCAUGGGCGUGGUCGCAGGGCGUGCCCGAGAAGCCCCAGCAGAUGCCGUUCGGGGAGCCCCGUGUGGAGCCGCCGCCGCCGCCGCCGCCGCUCCCGCCGGCGCAUGCGGCCGGCGCGGCGCUGCGCGGCCGCGCGGGUGUCCAAGAGCCCAAGACCGCCAUGGCGAAGCAGAGGUGCCCACCGCCGGAGCGCACGGGCAUGCCGCAGGAGCUCGGGGGGGUGCUCAGCGUCGGGUCCGUGGGCCACCCCUACGCGUGCGAGGCCGCCUGCAAGUUCGUGCGCAAGAGCCGCGGGUGCAAGCUCGGGGCGGACUGCAGCCGCUGCCACGCGUGCGUCUGGAACCGCUACGAGGCCAACCGGGCGGCAAGAAACGUGGGUGGCUGCCCGCCCUGUCCGGUGGUGCGUUGACAUCGCCGGUGCCUCGCAGAGGGGUGGGUGUGGGACGGGACCGAAGGGGAGUUGGGGGGCAGUCUGGAGGGCAGCCUGGGGUGGACAUGCUGGCACCUAGCCACGGCUAGCACCAUCACGCAGCGUAUACCUGGUCCCAAAUCCCGACAUGGCCUCCCCCCACCCCGCCCUUCCCGAUCCCUCCUUUCCCUGCUCCUCAUCUUCCCACUUUCGCGCUGCCAUGUCGUCUGCGGAAGUCGCUUGUCGUUGGUGCGAAGCAGUACAUCCAUGCGAUGCAAGACACCCCAUGCGGCGUCUUUUUUCAAGCUUGAUGCGCCGCGUGCUUCCUGUGAUCCUUCUCUCUUGUGGAAGUGUGGAGCAGCGAUUGGACCAAGCAUCUUCCCCCUUUCGCGUUGCCACGUCUUCUGUAGGAGGCGCUUGUCGUUGGCAGUCGGAGGGGACUGAGCGCGGCAGGCCGAAGAGGCUGCGUGGUGGGUUGGAGACUCGCUGGACGGUGAUUGGCAUCGGCCACGGUGCGCGAUGGAAGCGCAAAGUUGUCAUGUUUUUUGUUUAUGUGUUCUGAGAUGGCCUUUUGCAAGCAAUAUUCUUCCAGUGGUGGUCGGCGCGAAGCUAGACACCACUUGCGGCUAAUUUUGUUCUACCUUCAUGCGCCGCAUGCUUGCAGUGACCCUUCUCUCUUGUUUAGGUGUGGAGCAGCGACUGGACCAAGCUUCUUCCCACCUUCGCGUUGCCUCGUCGUCUGACGUAGGUGCUUAACUUGUCACCGUUGGUCGGAGGGGACUGAGCGCGGCAGGCCGAAGAGGUUGCGUGGUGGGUUAGAGACUCGCUGGAUGGUCCUUGCCAUCGGCCACGGAGCGCGAUGGCAGCGCGCGUCGGGACCAACACAUGUACAUACAUAAUGCACGGCUGUCCUGCAAACUUGACGUGUGUUUUUGUGAGAUACUUUUUUGUUCGACUCUGCGGGGCUGCGCGGCAGGCCGAAGAGGUUGCGUGAUGGGUUGGAGACUCGCUGGACGGUCGUUGGCAUCGGCCACGGUGCGCGAUGGAAGCGCGCAUCGGUACCAACACAUGUACAUACAUUAUCAUCUCAGCGGGUGCCUGGAUAUACUGCUUGUUUAGGUGUGGAGUAUCGAGCAGACCAAGCAUCUUGUCACUCUGCGGCACAUCUGGUCAAGCUUGCGCUGCGCUCGUUCCGAAGAGCCUGGCGUGUGGAAUGGAGCGGUGCCCGCCCACGGGCGCCAAGUCGGCGACACGCGCGCCCGCCACGUGCUUUGCGCCACGCGAUUUGCACGACAGAUGUUGCACCACAUCCUUUACAUCACAUAGCUUACGCCACCUGUAUUGCACUGCGCAUCUUGCAUCACGUCUUUCACCACGCUUCUUUUUGCAACACGUAACCUUGCACCACAUAGCUCACAGCCCAACCAGCUGCUCUCUCUCUUCUUCCUCCUCGCUCCUUGUGCUCCCAGCUCCCUCGAGUAUUUUUAGACUUCGCCGGUGUGGGGGCCACCGAUUUGCGGCACAAAGCCGCCAUAUACCUUGCAGUACAACAGGCCACCGCAGUGUCAAUGGCCAGUUCCCCACCGCGAGGAAGGGGACUUCACCAUGCAGAGCGCCAGCCCUGGAGGGAAGGAGGAGGACGAGGAGGAGGGAGAAGAGCAGG